AUGGCCGAUUUGUCUCCGUCUGCAAUUGAUCUCAAGCCUGUUGCUCCGAGUGCACCGGCCAUCAUGACCCAGGGGAAAGAUGAAGAGCAGAAUGUGGACACUCUGAAGGAUGCAGCAAAAGCAGUGAAGGAUGAGCAGGAGAUGAUUCUUCGGGAUGCGAUACGCAAGUAUCCUCAAGCCAUAUUUUGGUCUGCUUGGUUUUCGGCAGCGCUUAUCAUGGAGGGGUUUGACCACUCCUUCAUCUCAGGCUUCAUUUCAUUACCGGCCUUCCAAAAGCGCUACGGUGCUGAAGUAUCUCCUGGUAAAUACGAGAUCCCUGCAGAGAUGCAAUCUGGAAUUUCAAACGGGACACAAGCCGGCGAGAUCAUCGGAUUGCUUAUUUGUGGUCUAUUUGCUGACUGGUUUGGGUCGAGGUGGAUCAUGAUUGCCUGUCUUCUAUUGAUGAUUUGCUUCAUCUUCUUGCAGUUCUUUGCUACAAAUAUUGAUAUGUAUCUUGGCGCUGAGAUUCUUCUGGGUGCACCUUGGGGUGCAUUCCAAAGCUUGACCAACGCCUAUGCUGUGGAAGUCUGUCCCAUCCUACGAGGGUUCCUCAAAAUGACUACAUCCGCCGCGUAUAAGAUACCCUUUGCGCUGCAAUGGGUCUUCCCUAUUCCCCUGGCUAUUGGGAUCUAUUUCGCCCCUGAGUCCCCAUGGUGGUAUAUCCGCAAAGUCGAGAUUGAGAUGAAACAAUCGAGUGCUUACUGGGAUCUCUUCAAGGGGGUCAACCUUCGACGCACCGAAAUUUGUGUCUGGACCCACUCUGUCCAGGUAUGGUGUGCAGCACUCGUCGCUUAUAUAGUAUUUUUCCUCGAGGAGGCUGGCCUUCCCGAUACAGCAUCUUUUGACUUUGGGAUGGGCCAGUAUGCACUUGCUAUCGUUGGCGUCUUUGUUGCAUUCUAUUUCGUUCCACGAGUUGGCCGACGAACCCUUCUCUUGUAUGGGACACUCUUCAUGGUUUUUACGACUUUUGUGAUCGGAUUUUCGGGGAUCCUUGGCACUGUCAGUCAUCCUCCGCUUGCCUAUGCUAUUGGAAGUAUUCUUCUCGUUCAAUACUUUGUCUACUUCAUCUCGAUCGGACCCGUGGUCUAUACUAUUGUGGCGGAGAUACCAUCCAACAUCCUCCGCUCUAAGACGAUCGUGAUUUCUCGAGCUACAUACAACACAAUCGCGCUUAUCAAGGGAAAGAUUUUGCCUCACAUGAUCACAACUUCUUCUUGGAAUUGGGGGGGGGGGGGCUAA